AUGGUGCGUCAGCUGCACGACGGUAUGAUGGCGCGAGUCACGGACAACGGAGCUGUCUCAGAGGCAUUCGCAGUGACCAACGGAGUGAAGCAGGGCUGUGUGCUGGCGCCUACCCUCUUCAGUCUUAUGUUCGCUGCCAUGCUGAUGGACGCCUACCGCGACGAACGCCCUGGAAUCCGCAUCGCUUUCAGGACGGACGGUCACCCGCUGAAUCACCGGCGCAUGAACUUCCAAUCGCGCGUAUCCACUGCCACCGUGCAUGAACUUCACUUUGCCGACGACUGCGCCCUGAACACCACCUCGGAAGAGGAGAUGCAACGAAGCAUGGAUCUGUUCUCCGCCACCUGCAAGAAACUUCGGUCUGAUCAUUAA